AUGGAAUCAGGAAAAAUUACAGUUAAAGGUGCCACAGGAGGAUCCACUGUUGUUGAACUGCACUUUCUCAAUAAAGAGACAACCUUCAGUUCUUCGUUCAAUAUAGUAAAGGUCAAACCGUUUGUAAAAUAUCUUCAAGAAAAUUAUGAACAAAUGUACUACUCAAUUUUCAUGGAAACUCUGAAGGCUAACCUUAAAAUGAUAAAAAAACUAAUCAACAGGAAAGUAAAGCCCAGAGUCAGACUCCUCCAAAGCAACUCAGAUUCUGGAGGGUCUCGUGUGAGUUGUUUGGCAACCGGAUUUUACCCUCAUCACAUCAACCUGACCCUGUUCAGAGAUGAGCAGCCUGUAUCUGAUCAUGAGAUCACUGGAGGAGAUCUGCUGCCCAACGGUGACGGGACGUACCAGAUGAGGAAGAGUCUGGAGAUCAGAGCUGAAGACAAACACACAUACACCUGCUCUGUCACUCACCUUAGUCUGGACAACAAACUGGACGUCACUUUGGAGUAUCCGGGGGUAACAUUUAGGUCAGUGCGUUCCACAGUGCCAGUGGUUUUGGUUUUGGGGUUGCUGUUAUUGACUGUGGCUGCUAUUAUAUUAAAUAUUAUGUGGAGGAAAAGAUGGCAUUCAGGUAAUACAAGAAAUAAAACAGUAAAAUAAGAUGAAA